AUGCCAGUUUUCCACACGAAAACAAUUGAAUCUAUUUUGGAUCCAGUUGCACAACAGGUUUCGAAACUAGUGAUACUCCAUGAAGAGGCCGAGGAUGGGAUUCCCAUGCCUGAUCUUCAACAACCGGUUAGAUCUGUCAGCAAUGCUGUCUCGAAUUUGGUCAAGGUUGGUAGAGAUACUAUCAACAGUUCCGAUGAUCCUAUCCUACGUCAGGACAUGCCAGCGGCACUGGUUAGAGUUGAAAGGUCCUCCAAGCUCCUUGAGGAGGCCAGCGAUAUGCUUAAACAUGAUCCGUUCUCAUCUCCAGCAAGAAAAAGGUUGAUUGAAGGCAGUGGCGGCAUUUUACAAACAACUUCAGCGCUUUUAUUGUGUUUUGAUGAAUCAGAAGUGAGGAAGAUCAUCCGAGAGUGUCACAGGGUUCUCGAUUAUCUCGCGGUUGCUGAGGUGAUUGAAACUCUGGAUGAACUGGUGCAAUUCUUGAGAGAUCUGAGUCCUUGUCUCAGCCGAGUUUCCAGGGAAAUCAGCGCCAGAGAAAAAGAACUCACACACCAGGUGCAUUCAGAGAUUUUGAUGAGAUGUCUCGAACAAGUGAAGACCUUAGCGCCAAUUUUGAUUUGUUCGAUGAAAAUCUACAUCCACAUCGUUUCCCAAGGGGGCAAAGGUGCCGAAGAGGCUGCCGAAAACAGGAACUAUUUGGCACGCAGAAUGACCGACGAGAUCAACGAAAUCAUCAGAGUGCUGCAGCUGACGAGCUAUGAUGAAGAGCAAUCCGAUUUAGAUAACCUGACGGUCUUGAAGAAAUUGCAGAAUGCCAUCACCAACAAAGUCAAUGCGGCGAAUGACUGGUUGUUCGAUCCAAAUGCCGUCAGGGGAGGAGUCGGAGAAAAAUCGUUGAGGCAGAUCAUCGAUGCUGCUCACAAAGUAGCUGAAAGAUGCCUUCCUCAUGACACCGACAUCAUCCACAAGAUAUGUUCUGAUCUUGCCACAAUGACCGAUGCCCUGUGCGAAUUGAGGCAAGACGGCAAAGGGGCUACUCCUCAGGCAGAGUCAUUGGCCAGGGGUAUCAGAGAGAAGUUGGGAGAUCUCCAACAGUCCAUCAUGAAUGCUGUGGUCGCGGUCGACAAAGCCGGACUACAACAAACUGCGCACACCAUACAAGGAAGAUUGGAACAAGCAAGAAAAUGGCUAUCUAACCCAGGCCAUGACGACAAAGGUCUUGGACAUAGAGCAAUUCAUGCCAUUAUUGAGGAAGGAAGAAAGGUUGCCCAAGGCUUACCUGGCGUACAGAAAGCGGAAGUCCUUCAACUAUGUGAAGAAACUGACUCUCUGUCUCGCCAACUAGCCCAACUAGUCAAAGAAGGAAAGGGUAAUUCUCCUCAAGCACAGGAAAUAGCUCGCAGAUUGUCCCAGAAAUUACACGAACUCAAGGAGAAAAUAAACCAAGCUGUCGUGAAUCGAGUGGUGGAAGAUUUCAUUGAUAUAGUGACCCCCUUGAAACAAUUUACUGAAGCUGCUCUGGCUCCCGAAGGCACUCCAAACAGAGACAGGAACUUUGCUGAUAAAGCUUCUAAUUUACAGCAGUUUUCUGACAGAGCGGUCAUUACUGCCAAAAUGGUUGCAGCCGGGGGUAGCUCGGGCAAUAAGAAAAUUGCCGAGGCGCUCCAAAUCGCCGCCAACCAAGUGGACAGCCUUACGCCCCAGUUGAUAUCUGCGGGAAGCAUUCGCAUCGACUAUCCAUCUUCCAAAGCGGCCGACGAGCAUUUCGAGAACUUGCGUCAGCAAUACGCCGACACUCUAAUCAAAGUCAGGAACCUUUGUGACGAGGCGACGGAUUCCGGAGAUUUCAUCAAAGCAUCCGAGGAGCAGAUGAGGAAACAUACAUUCUUGUGUGACGAUGCUAUCAAGAAUAAACAGUCUCAAAAAAUGGUGGAUAACACAUCAGCUAUUGCUAGACUUGCCAACAGAGUGCUAUUAGUUGCUAAACAGGAAAGUGACAAUUCAGAAGACCCAAAUUUCAUUGAUAAUGUCAGUAGAACUUCGGAACUGCUCCAAAACAGUAUACCAUCAAUGGUGCAAGAGGCGAAAUCAGUAGCACUCAAUCCUUCAGAUCAGAAUGCUAUUUCCAGGUGGCGAGAUGCGAAUAAAGCUUUGCUGAAUGCCGUCGGCCAAGUAAGGCAAGCCGUGCAAAUACAUCCAGAACUUCCACCUUUACCAGAUAUAAACUCUCUCAAUUUGGAAUCUACACCAAGCAAUUACUUUAUUGACAAAGUUGGCGAACCUUUGAGAAAUACACCAACACCCGGAAGGGAACAUGGGACGCUUAGCCCCACACAGCAUCUGCAAGGCCGAAUUAGCCCCUUGCCAAAAUGGGCGAGAGGCGAUAAUUCUGAUAUGCUAUGCCAAGAACUUGCACCUAAUUAUCAUGAACCAGAUCAGGCACCUCCCCGUCCUCCACUACCCUAUGAUAAUGCUCCAAUGAGGCCCCCGCCUCCUCCAGAAACUGAUGACGAAGAUGAGGUGUUCAAAACGGCGCCUUUACCCAGUCAACCUAUCAUGGUUGCUGCCCAUCACUUGUACAGAGAAGUUAGGCAAUGGUCUGCCAAGGAUAACGAUCUCAUCAAAGCUGCACAACGGAUGGCUAAAUUGAUGGCUAGUCUUUCUGAACUUGUACACACUGAUGACAAAAGUUCAAAGAGGGAAUUGAUAGCCACAGCCAAAGCUAUCGCAGAUGCCAGUGCUGACGUAACUCGUAUCGCUAAACAGCUGGCCAGAGAAUGCACCGAUAAGAGGAUCAGAACUAACCUGCUCCAAGUUUGUGAGAGGAUUCCGACCAUCGCCACCCAGUUGAAGAUCCUCAGUACUGUGAAAGCCACAAUGUUAGGAUCUCAAGGUUCAGAAGAAGAUAGAGAGGCAACCGAAAUGCUCGAAGGAAACGCCCAAAAUCUUAUGCAGAGUGUCAAAGAAACUGUGAGAGCAGCAGAGAGUGCGAGUGUUAAAAUACACGCUCAGACGCACGGAAAAUUGAGAUGGGUACGGAAACAACCUUGGUAUGCGUACGCUUGA